CACUCGCUCAUCGAAAAAAAAAAAUGGAUUAUUAGAAGAGAGAGGUCUGUGGCUUCCUUCUCGGUAUAAAAGCAAACUUGUUUUUGAUAUGUGACAGUUUCCCACAAGCCAGGCUGAUCCUUUUCUCUCAGUCCACUUCACCAAGCCCGCCUUCAGACAAGGACCCAAUGCCCAACCCCAGGCAAGCCAAGGCCUCAGCCCCAUCCUUAGCCCUCAGCCCAUCCCUGGGACCCUCGGCCAGCUGGAGGGCUACACCCAAGGCUUCAGACCUCCUGGGGGCCAGGGGCCCAGGGGAAGGCUUCCAGGGCCAAGACCUCCGAGGCGGAGCCCAUGCAUCCUCAUCAUCCUUGAACCCCAUGCCACCAUCGCAGCUGCAGCUCUCAACAGUGGAUGCCCAUGCCCGGACCCCCAUGCUGCAGGUGCACCCACUGGAAAGUCCAGCCAUGAUCAGCCUUCCACCACCCACGGCUGCCACCGGGGUCUUCUCCCUCAAGGCCCGGCCUGGACUGCCACCUGGGAUCAACGUAGCCAGCCUGGAGUGGCUGUCCAGAGAGCCAGCGCUGUUGUACACCUUCCCGAGCUCCGGGAUACCCAGGAAGGACAGCACCCUUUCAGCCACGCCCCAGGGCUCCUACCCACUGCUGGCAAAUGGUGUCUGCAAGUGGCCCGGAUGUGAGAAGGUCUUUGAGGAGCCGGAGGACUUCCUCAAGCACUGCCAGGCAGAGCAUCUCCUGGAUGAGAAAGGCAGGGCACAGUGUCUCCUCCAGAGGGAGAUGGUGCAGUCUCUGGAGCAGCAGCUGGUAUUGGAGAAGGAGAAACUGGGUGCCAUGCAGGCCCACCUGGCUGGGAAGAUGGCAGUGACCAAGGCUCCAUCUGCGGCAUCUUCCGAAAAGAGCUCUUGCUGCAUUGUAGCAGCAGGCACUGCAGGCAGUGCCCUCCCCACCUGGCCUGGACCUGGGGAGACCCCCGGUGGUCUUUUUGCUGUGCGGCGGCACCUCUGGGGCAGCCAUGGAAAUAGCACAUUCCCAGAGUUCUUCCACAACAUGGACUACUUCAAGUUCCACAACAUGCGGCCCCCUUUCACUUAUGCCACUCUCAUCCGCUGGGCCAUCCUGGAAGCUCCUGAAAAGCAGCGGACACUCAACGAGAUCUACCGCUGGUUCACACGCAUGUUUGCCUUCUUCAGAAACCACCCUGCCACCUGGAAGAAUGCCAUCCGCCACAACCUGAGCCUGCACAAGUGCUUCGUGCGGGUGGAAAGUGAGAAGGGGGCUGUGUGGACCGUGGAUGAGUUUGAGUUCCGCAAGAAGAGGAGUCAGAGGCCCGGCAGGUGCUCCAACCCCACGCCCGGCCCCUGACCUCAAAACCAAGGAAUAAGGGAAGGACAGGGGCCAAAAUCAGGGGUGGAAGGGGCAGGGGUGACAGGCCCUAGCCAUUCCCACAGGGACCAAGAAAUGAGGUGUCCACUGUCUUGCCUGCCAGGGACCCUGCUUCCCAGCGGACCGCCUCUCCUGGAUCACAUCCUCUACACCAAGGCUGCUCAGAGGGGGACCAG